GUCGUCGUCUUUCCGCCGCUUUCGCCAUUUUCUUCUCUCAAGCUUCCUCUUUACGCAAGAACAGAGGUGGACAACUGAAGAAGAAGAAGAAGAGAAAAUGGCAUCCCAAUCCAUGGAAUCAUUGAUUCUGCAACUCCACGACAUAUCCGCUGUCAAGUUCGGAAAUUUCAAGCUUAAAUCUGGAAUCUUUUCCCCAAUCUAUAUCGACCUCCGUCUCAUCGUCUCUUAUCCAACCCUCCUCCAACAGAUUUCCCAAACCCUAAUCUCCUCCCUUCCAUCAUCCGCCGCCUACGACAUCGUCUGCGGUGUUCCAUACACAGCCCUCCCGAUUGCCACAUGUAUCUCAACCGCCACCGGAAUCCCCAUGGUUAUGCGCCGGAAAGAGAUAAAGGAUUACGGAACCGCAAAAGCCAUUGAAGGAGCUUACAAGGAAAACCAAAUCUGCCUUAUAGUCGAAGACCUCGUCACUAGCGGUGCUUCAGUGUUGGAGACGGCUGCACCCAUUCGAGCUACUGGGAUGAAAGUUAUGGAUGCUGUCGUGUUGAUCGAUCGUGAACAGGGUGGGCGAGAGAACCUUGCAGAGAACGGGAUUACUCUCCAUUCCAUGGUCAAAUUGACGGAGAUGGUGAGGAUUCUGAAGAAGAAUGGUAGGGUUUCAGAGGAGAUGGAGAGUAUAGUGUUUAAGUUUCUAGAGGAUAAUAGGAAAGUUUCAGUGCCUUCAGCUCAAGUAACGGCUAAACCCGAAAGGGUGGUGAGGUUACCUUACUCGGAGAAGGCGAAGAUUGCUAAAAACCCGACUGGGAAAAAGAUGUUUGAAGUAAUGGUACAGAAAGAGAGCAACUUGUGUUUGGCUGCCGAUGUUGCUACUGCAGCUGAGCUUCUUGCCAUUGCUGACAAGGUUGGACCAGAAAUUUGUCUACUUAAAACCCAUGUGGACAUUUUACCUGAUUUUACCCCAGAUUUUGGUUCUAAACUUCGGGCGAUUGCAGAAAAACAUAAUUUUUUGAUAUUUGAAGACCGCAAAUUUGCUGACAUUGGCAAUACAGUCACAAUGCAGUACGAAGGUGGCAUAUUUCAGAUACUCGAUUGGGCAGAUAUUGUUAAUGCUCACAUCAUCUCCGGUCCUGGGAUUGUGGAUGGUCUGAAACUGAAGGGAUUACCUCGAGGAAGGGGUUUGUUGCUUCUUGCUGAAAUGAGUUCAGCUGGUAACCUUGCAACUGGAGAGUAUACAGCUGCUGCGGUUAAAAUUGCAGAGGAUCACUCAGACUUUGUGAUUGGAUUUAUUUCCGUAAAUCCAGCUUCAUGGCCUAAUAAUAAUGGAAAGGGUAAUAAUCCAGCCCUUAUUCAUGCAACUCCUGGUGUUCAAAUGGUGAAAGGUGGCGACGCCUUGGGACAGCAAUACAACACUCCCAACUCUGUGAUUUGUGAUAGAGGUAGUGACAUUAUAAUUGUGGGCCGAGGAAUCAUAAAAGCUGCUAAUCCUGCUGAGGUUGCUCGCGAGUAUCGUGUUCAAGGUUGGAAUGCGUAUUUGGCGAGCUGCAAAUGAUGAUGCUGGUAAAGUACUAGGAACUGUUUUGCCUGUUAUGUGUUCUGGGUUCUGGGUUAUUGAAUUGUGUGUUUCUAUCAAACUAGAUGCAAGUCUUGUUAUUCUUUAAGAAUGUUUUUGUUUUAUGGCUUUUAUUGCUUGGGGAUAGGAGCUUUGAUGCUCCAAAUCUUGCAUUCAGUAAUAAAUAAAUCUUUUGUUA